AUGCCUUGGACGAGACCUGCCCGUGGUCUCAUUCUGUUCUGGUUUUCUGCCCACGUAGCAGCUGUAUCGAUUAAGCAUCAUUUGGAUGAACAUGACCACAAUAUAGAUGGCAAACAGAAGGAUAUUUCAGAAAUCAACUUAGCUGCAGGCCUGAACCUCUUUGAAGGAGACAUCGUUCUGCCAAGAACCAGAAAUGCCCUGAGAGACUCAACAGCAAGAUGGAAGUUCCCCAUUCCGUACAUCCUGGCUGACAACCUGGAUCUAAAUGCCAAAGGAGCCAUCCUCAAUGCCUUUGAGAUGUUCCGCCUCAAGUCCUGUGUGGAUUUCAAGCCCUAUGAAGGAGAGAGUUCCUACAUCAUCUUCCAGAAAUUUUCCGGGUGCUGGUCUAUGGUUGGCAAUCAACACGUGGGGCAAAACCUUUCUAUCGGCCUUGGCUGUGACUAUAAGGCCAUCAUUGAACAUGAGAUCCUGCAUGCGCUGGGAUUUUACCAUGAGCAGUCGAGGACGGACCGGGAUGAUUAUGUGACCAUUUGGUGGGAUGAAAUUCUUCCAGACUAUGAACACAACUUCAACACUUAUGAUGACACCAACAUCACAGACCUUAACACACCCUAUGAUUAUGAGUCCCUGAUGCACUAUGCACCAUUUUCAUUUAACAAGAAUGAAAACAUUCCAACCAUCACUGCCAAGAUCCCUGAGUUUAACAACAUCAUUGGACAGCGCCUGGAUUUAAGUGCCAUUGAUUUAGAGAGACUAAAUCGAAUGUACAAUUGCACUUCAACCCACACCCUGUUGGACCACUGUGCCUUUGAGAAGACAAACAUCUGUGGAAUGAUCCAGGGGACCAGAGACGAUGAUGAUUGGAUCCAUGAGGACAGCAGUCAGCCUGGAAAAGUUGAUCACACCUUGGUGGGACAGUGCAAAGGUGCUGGCUACUUCAUGCACUUCAAUACCAGCUCGGGGGUGACAGGAGAGGUGGCCCUUCUGGAGUCUCGGAUCCUUUACCCCAAGAGGAAGCAACAGUGCCUGCAGUUUUUUUAUAAGAUGACAGGAAGCCCUGCAGACACACUCAUUGUCUCGGUGAGAAAGGAUGAUGGCACAGGCAACGUUAGCAAGCUGGUCCAGAUACAGACCUUUCAAGGAGAUUCUGACCACAACUGGAAAAUUGCCCAUGUGACACUCACAGAAGAGAAGAAAUUUCGCUAUUUUUUCCAGGGCACCAAAGGUGACCCUGAUAACUCAGGUGGUGGCAUUUCUCUGGAUGACAUCACUCUGACAGAGACCCCCUGCCCCAAAGGGGUUUGGACCAUAAGGAAUAUCUCCCAGGUUUUUGCGAACACGGUGAAAGGGGAUACGCUUCUGAGCCCUAGGUUCUACAGUUCUGAAGGCUACGGCUUGGGGUUGACGUUGUACCCCAAUGGUAGAAUCGACAGUGACCCUGGGUAUCUGGGACUCGCUUUCCACUUGUACAGUGGGAAGAAUGAUGGGAUUCUGGAGUGGCCAGUAGAAAAUAGGCAGGCCAUAAUGACCAUACUUGACCAGGACCCUGAUGUCAGGAAAAGGAUGUCCUUAAGCAUGAUGUUCACUACUUCCAAGUACCAAACAUCUCCAGCUAUAAAUGACUCUGUCAUCUGGGACAGGCCAUCCCAGGUAGGGGUCUACGACAAGGACUGUGACUGUUAUAGAAGCAUUGACUGGGGUUGGGACCAGGCCAUCACCCACCAGAUGCUGAAGAGAAGACAUUUCCUCAAGGACGACACCCUCAUCAUCUUUGUAGACUUUGAAGAUCUCACCCACCUGAAUCAGACUGAAGUUCCAGUUCCUGCCCAAAGUGUGACCUCCCAAGGUCUCCUUCUCCAAGCCCAGGAGCCUCCUGUCUUGGGAGAAAGCUCCAGAAGAGCCAUGUGGGAGGAAGCCCUGCCGAGCAGCCUAGACCAGGGACAACCCAGCCGACAGAGGCGGUCAGUGAAGAAUACUGGCCCCUUGGAGGACCACAACUGGCCACAGUACUUCAGAGACCCCUGUGACCCAAACCCUUGCCAGAAUGACGGCAUCUGUGUGAACGUGAAGGGCAUGGCCAGCUGCAGGUGUGUCUCUGGGCAUGCCUUUUUCUACACGGGAGAGCGCUGUCAGGCCAUGCAAGUACAUGGCAGUGUCUUGGGCCUGAUCAUUGGCGGCAUCACUGGCUUGAUCUUCUUGACCUUUGUCACAUUUACCAACACUUACCAGAAGCUGAUGAAGUGAGCAGAUCCCUGCUGAUGUCCACCAGACUGCAGAAGGGCCUCCUCCACCCAGACUUCCUUCCUGUACUCAGCGUACUUUGGGAUCAUGUU